UCACGUUGCUAAAAUCCUGCGCAACCUAGUAUCCACGAUUUACAUCUAUGCAGUGAUGCAAACAAGCGCGCAGGAAAAUAAAGGAAUUAUUGUGUGGCUGCUUUUUUGAUUAAAAACACUCCCAGCCCGUCUUCGCUCACUAUGCGGAGGCUUCGUGAUAGCAACGCGGUUCACAUAGGUCGUGUAUAACGGAUAUUUUAUGGAAGGUGGAAGCAGGAGAGGCUGUGAGGCUGAGGAGUCGGGGCAUCAGCUGAGCUGGGGACUGGAGCGUUAGCAAGCUAGCCUUCGUGACAGAAACGUUCAUAACGGAGCAGCGACUUUUCGCUGGUUCACUUCAUCAUGGCCACAAAUGGAAACAGUUUAACGCCUGCGAUGGGAGAGAUCAUUCAGUUAAACGUCGGUGGGACGAGGUUCAGCACCUCCAGACAGACUCUGAUGUGGAUCCCAGACUCUUUCUUUUCAAGUUUACUGAGUGGAAGGAUCUCCACUCUUCGGGAUGAAACUGGAGCUAUAUUUAUUGACAGAGACCCGACAGCUUUUGCACCAAUAUUGAAUUUCCUCCGAACCAAAGAACUGGACCUGCGGGGUGUCAACAUCAGCGUCCUGAGACAUGAAGCAGAGUUUUAUGGGAUUACUCCUCUGGUGCGUCGCCUGCUGUUGUGUGAGGAACUGGACCGCUCAUCAUGUGGUAGUGUUCUCUUCCAUGGUUACCUGCCACCCCCAGGUCCCAUGGUUGACCCUAGGAAGGUGCUGAUUAUAGCAGGACACCACAACUGGAUUGUAGCAGCCUAUGCGCACUUUGUAAUCUGCUACAGGAUAAAGGAAUCCUCUGGAUGGCAGCAGGUGUUUUCCUCUCCCUACCUUGACUGGACCAUUGAACGUAUUGCACUCAAUGCAAAGGUGGUGGGUGGCCCACACGGAGAUAAAGACAAGAUGGUGGCUGCCGCCUCUGAAAGCAGUAUCAUCCUCUGGAGUAUCCAAGAUGGAGGCAGCGGUAAUGAGAUAGGGAUUUUCAGUCUCGGCGUACCUGUUGACGAUCUCUUCUUUAUCGGGAACCAGCUGGUGGCUACCAGUCAUACAGGAAAGGUUGGAGUGUGGAACGCUGUCACACAACACUGGCAGGUUCAAGAUGUGGUUCCCAUCACCAGUUGUGACACUGCAGGAUCCUUCCUGCUACUGGGCUGUAACAAUGGCUCUAUCUACUACAUAGACAUGCAAAAAUUUCCUCUGAGGAUGAAAGACAACGAUCUUUUGGUGACCGAGCUUUAUCACGACCCAUCCAAUGACGCCAUCACUGCACUGUCUGUCUACCUCACACCUAAAACCAGUGUGAGUGGGAACUGGAUCGAGAUAGCCUAUGGGACUAGUAGUGGAGCAGUGAGAGUGAUCGUGCAACACCCAGAGACAGUAGGCUCAGGACCCCAGCUCUUUCAGACCUUCACUGUGCACAGGAGCCCAGUGACAAAGAUCAUGCUGUCUGAGAAACAUUUGGUAUCAGUGUGUGCAGAUAACAACCACGUUCGGACGUGGACAGUAACCCGCUUCAGAGGGAUGAUCUCCACACAACCAGGCUCCACCCCUCUAGCUUCCUUCAAGAUUCUGUCUCUGGAGGAAGCAGAGAGUCACGGGAGCUACGGCUCUGGGAAUGAUAUAGGUCCUUUUGGAGAGAGAGAUGAUCAGCAAGUUUUUAUCCAGAAGGUGAUCCCCAUCACCAACAAACUGUUUGUGAGGCUCUCAUCAACUGGGAAAAGGAUCUGCGAAGUGCAGUCAGUGGAUGGGACCACCAUCACUUGCUUCAUGGUACGGGAGUGUGAGGGCUCCAGUCGAAUGGGGUCCCGACCUCGCCGUUAUCUGUUCACAGGUCACGGCAAUGGCAGCAUCCAAAUGUGGGACCUGACCACUGCGAUGGACACCGCCAAUAAAGGAGAAGAGAGGAAGAAAGAGGAUAUAGGUGGGCCUACAGAGGAGGAGCUGCUACAGCUGUUGGACCAGUGCGACCUGAGCACCUCCCGCUGUGCGACACCUAACAUUAGCCCCGCCCCCUCUCUGCUACACCACACACGCCUCCGAGAGUCCUGUUCGAGUCUGCAGUUACAGGCACCGGAGCCCAUUCCCGAGACCCAGGCUACAUAUGGAGCUGUGCGACCCUACAGAGAGAGCCCCCUGCUGGCCCGUGCUCGUCGAACUGAGUCCUUCCACAGCUACCGAGACUUCCAGAACUUCAGCCUGACUCGAGGUGUCCUGGACAGCACAGGGCAGACCCCUGAUGCCCGCCGCUCUCUUUGUGACUUUGGGCCUGAAGACAGUGAGAGGAGAGCCUCAGUCUUGGAGCUGUGGGCUUCCCGUACCACAAGUGCAAGCUGUAACACAACAGCUGGAGCGUCUGGAGUAUCUGCCACAAAAGCUGAAUCCAGUCAGGAAUCUGCACGGCAGCCUCCAGACAGCCCAAUUCCAGGAGGUGACGUCAGGCGAAAGGUACAUGCUCAGUCAGAAGAAGGAGAGGCUCCUGCAUCGGGAGGAGACGCAGUGAAGGUUGAUGGAGGUGUGAGGAAAAGGGGAGUACUGGAAGGAAGCUUUCUUGGGAGAAAGAGGGCUCCUCCAGUUCCACACCUUGCCUCUGUCCCCUCUGGAUCAGAAGGCGGUGGGAGUGACUCUUCUUCAAACGCCUCUCCUUCCCCCACCAAACUGUCCACCUCACCACGACACAGGAAGCUGGUACCUGAGCCAUCCAGCCAGGACAGCAGCCUGUGAGGGCGCCUUUUCUCUUGCUCUCAGUGGAAGUUAUCUCGUAGAGGUACACCCUCUAGGUGAUCACGAUAACAGAAUUUAAGAGCAAAAGAGGAACACGAAGCAAAAAAGCAGCGACAGCCCUUUCCGCCUCCACAACAGCCUUGUUAAAGUAUGGUUCAGGAUGUUCGUUUCUCUUCAAAUCCCACACAACAGGAGUGCUGCCAUGUUAUACUGAGCGCAACAUAAAUAUACAACAUCCCAACGCUAACAUCACUGUCAGGGCAGGAAUGCAUUUCUUUUUUUUCUUAGAUUACUCACACUCGUAAAAAUCUGCCAGGUGCCAGUGAUGCUCCUCCUGUCUCUGUUUGUGUUUAUUUUAGGCUGUCUUAACAGAUUGCUGAUAAUCUUGUUAGCACUUUAAGUUUUAGGCAUAAAUCAGAUCGUUUGCUGGCUCAGUCCUGGAAAGAAAAUGUGUUUUUUCUUCCUUUUAUGAUGUUGCUCACUCAACAUCUUAAGGAACACACAGCCACUACAAGAACAGGACAAAAGUCUGUUUGACAAGGUACGGUUGAAGGAGUGGUUGGUCACUUCUAAAUGUGAAAACAUGAACUAAUUAACAUUAAUAACAUACCACAGCACUAACAGUAACUAACCAUUUACCAAGAUAUUUCAAAGUGUUUCUAAUAACCUAUAUCAGGUAUGCAUUACUUUGUUCAGAACCUGAUCUGUCUUCAUAUCUGUAACUAACAGUUACUUCUAUUAUCAUAUAAGUCCUUUUAGAUGUUUUAGUCUAAAACAGUGUCAUAACAUGUUACCUAUCACAAACUAUUUCACUUAUAAUGGUAUAAAAAGGGAACAAAUCAGUAAAACUAGACCCCAUUUGGUGAUUGAUCACCUGAUUGGCUGACUGAUCCGUUCAGCACUAGAGCAGUGGAAUUGAUCAGACCCCGAACCAGAGGCCACGAUUAUAUCAAGCAUCUCUGACACUAUGUGCAAUUUGUCGUGCAAUCGAUUUUUACUUACCUUAAAUGUGUUACCUUCACUAGAAUUCUAGGCAGAUACUUGGAUCCUAGAAUACUUUGGGACACAGGGUUAGUAGUUAACAGUAGUUAUUGUUGUUAAAGCAACAACACUAAAAAGCCAAUAGAGAGCGAGCAGUUCAAGCAGGCGAUACAACUUUACAGAGUUUGCGAUAUGACAGCUCAGUACUAUGCAACAGUGGUUCCCGGGCGAUUCAAACUGAAAUCUACGUGGAUAACGGCCUGCAAAAACGUCGAACCCCCGUGUGGACGAGUGCCUGCUUUUCACUUCAGCCGGCACAGUUUUACCCGUUAGUUCCAGUCAAGUUACACUGUUAAUCUCCUUUUAUGCUAAUUGCAGUUCAACAGGCUCUUUGAUCCUCAAACAAGACAAAAAAUGAAACAGUUGUGUGAAGCGUUGGACUGCAAUGUUAAAAAAAUGUGAGGUAUUUUAUUAGACGAUCUAUAUGUGGAAUUCAAAGAAGAUAAUUCAGUGCUCGAAGCUAAAAAAAAUUAUAUUUACACAAAAUAGUAAAAGCAAAUGUCUUUUUUAGUAUUUUGUGGUAUAGAAAGUCAAGUUCUUCUUGUCUCAACAGAGAGAAAGAACACAUUUUAUUGUCAGCUUGUUGUUAUAGUUCACAAGUAAGAGGAACCGUUUGUGUUCUUGCUUUAUCAUUAUUAUUAUUAUUAUUUUCACAGUGGUGCCUGUGCGAGAUCACUCUAAUUAUUUAUUUUUUUAUUUUCACACUACACUCAUGCUAAAACAAGGACCUACACUACAUCACUUUACUCCCUUUGAAACAGGUAUAAAAUGUGUGUUGUGUUGAAUGACUGUUGCAGUGCCUUAUGUAACUUGUUUGGCGGUUAUCAGUCCGUUAAUGUGUUUUAAUUGAAAAAAAUUGUGACCAAAUGCUUGUGAAGACGGAGCUCAUUGUGGAGGCACGUUACAGACCUGCCCACGUCGCUGUUGGCUAGAAUUGUGUUAUGAUUUUACUGCGGGAUAAAAUAGAUGUAAAGAGUGGCAUUAAAUAUUAAGUAAUUAGGGAUUUACCGAUGAGUGUACUGUGAAAUUCUGGAUCGACAGUGAUACUGAUGUUUAUUAUAUUGUAGUUGCUUUUUUUUUUAAAAAAAAUUCCCCAAUUUGUUCCAGGGAAACAAAGAGAUCUUGAAUAUGAAAAAAGUAGGUGAACUGUUUUAAAGUCUUUCAGCUCUUCAUCACACUGUCUUUAGCCAGCACUGGCAACAUAUAAACAUUACAAUACUGAGAACAGUAAAUGUCCGGAUGUUGUGGCUGAUACGUGGGCACUUAACAUUACAUUAGCAGACUACAUUGCACAUAACCCUCACAUGCAUUAAGAUCGGAAAGUCGAAACUUCCUCCCAAGAUGGGGGAUUUUAUAUAUUUUUUUUAAAAUGUAACUUGUACUUUUAGUUUCAGGCUUACCAUAUAGGGUUGGAAACAAAAAAUAUCUGUGAGUGACGACCUUAAUUAGCAUAGCCAUGUCCUGAAAUAUUAAUCACACUAUUCCAAAAGCAGCAGUAAUGUAACAUGUUUCACUGGUAAUCAUUUCUGAAUGACGACAGAACUGACCGUGUGCUAACGGCUUGUACAAAGAUGUAACAUUUUGAUACAUUAAGUGUGUGAAAUGUGGACGUGUAAUCAGAACAAAAUCCUGAUGCGGAUGCAUUGAUUUGUCUAAUGGUGUGUUGAUGUAUACGCUGUUCAUACAAACAUAAGGCCUAUAUUAAUAUAAUCAUGCUAUCGGACCUAACAUCAUUUGCAUUUGCGCUAUGAAGACUAAUGUUACAGUAACCUGCUAAUGUUUAUUUUCUAUAGAAACAUGGAGUUAAAUGAGUAUUUCUGCACAUAGUUAUUUGUUUAUCUUCUGCAGUGUCUCUUAUCUGUUGCUCUUUAACCUCCCCUGGCUAUGUUUACAUUAUAUGGCAGCCAGAUGCUAAUGAGCUCAAAGAAAUACAUAUCUGUUUAUUUAAAAAGGCCUGUGCAUUCUUGUUUUCUACAUUGUGUAUACAUUACGCGAUAUUAUUUACCACUGCAUUGAGUAAUGAUCGAAUAUUAAGUUGCUGUAGAGUCACAUUGUUCGUGCAAUUGAAACUACCACUGUGUUCACUAAAACGUCUGAUUAUACUCA